AAUGAAAGAGUAUGACGAUGUGACGUCAUCGCAACGCCCACUUCCGGAUUCUGAGGGAGCAGGAAAGCGGCAGCACACGAAAAGCGUCGUCAUGGGCAAAAGCUGCAAAGUGGUGGUGUGCGGCCAGGCUGCAGUCGGUAAAACCGCCGUCCUGGAGCAACUCCUCUACGCCAACCAUGUUGCAGGUUCAGAGCCCAUGGAGACCCUGGAGGACAUUUACAUCGGCUCCAUUGAGACCGACCGAGGCACCAGGGAGCAGGUGCGCUUCUACGACACCCGUGGCCUCCGGGACGGCGUGGAGUUCCCUCGCCACUACUACAGCUUCGCCGACGGCUUUGUGCUGGUCUACAGCAUCGACAGCAAGGAGUCCUUCAAGCGCAUGGAGGCCCUCAAGAAGGACAUCGAUCGGCACAGGGACAAGAAGGAGGUGACCAUCGUGGUGCUAGGCAACAAGCUGGACAAGCAGGACGAGAGGAGGGUGGACGCCAUCAUGGCGCAGAACUGGGCCAAGAACGAGAAGGUGCGCCUGUGGGAGCUGUCGGUGGCGGACCGCCGCACGCUCAUCGAGCCUUUUGUGUACCUGGCCAGCAAAAUGACACAGCCGCAGAGCAAGUCCACCUUCCCCCUCAGCAGGAACAAGAACAAGGGCAGCGGGCCGACAGACGGCUGAACAGGCGGACACGUUCGUAUGUACAGUAUCAUGUUUGAUUUAUGCACAGCUUCUUUGCGUUGCAAUUCACACCGAGGUAUGCGAGCACAGUUGGGAUCAUGUCAGCAUCUCAUUGUCUGACUUUCCACAUAAACAAUGACAUUCUGAUCCCGCAGAUUAAACUACCGCGGCUGUAUUUGCAUGUAUUUCAAGAUGUAUGUAUAUGAUACAGGCAAACUAUGUACACCUGUAGAUGUGCCAACAAUAGGCAUGGAGAUGUGUUACACUGCUGCUACUGCUUUGUACAGGCAUUGGCUGUUAAACCUUUCAAAUAUUGGAUUCACAACAAGCCUUAUUCUGAGAAUAUUGCUGAAUGGCACCAAAUAUAAGCACCUCCUGUUUUUUUUAAUUUCCUUAGAAAAGUGUGAUUUUGUUGAUAUUGUCUUAAAAAUAUAAUCUGUCAAAUUGAAUUUAUGUCUUAAUAUCGUUUUACGACUGCUCAACCAGUAUUUGUUGGCAUGUACGGUAAAAAGAAUAAAAUACAUGUGCCUAA